AUGAGUGGAGUUGUCCACGCGGCUCGGGAUGGCCAGCCUCCUGAUGAGGGCGAGAUGACAGCUGUGUUCUUGUCAAAGUGCACUCAGCUGGGGCUGCCCGAGGAUGCUCGGGGAAAGCUCAAACGAAAGGGCUGGGCCACUUUCGGCACUUUUGCAUUCUGCGUGCCAGGGGUGCCCGGAAGGAUUCCCGAUGAUGUCUUCAAAACCUCCGUUGUCCAGCCAAUCCUCGGUGAUGGGGGUGAGGAGCAUCAGGCGAAACUUAGGCGGCUCCACUUCGAGGCAUAUGCUUUGACAGCAGCUGAGCUGAAGCGGACGGCCGAGUCCACGGAGUCAGAUCAACCGCGCAAGGUCCCGACGGCAGAGCUCGCUGCUCGUUAUGAUGUGUUGCAAAAGCGCGUUAAGCCUCUCCGGCUUGUGGACCGCUUGGAGCCUUCGCAUGCGCUUGUGAACCUGUCAGCCCAAAUGCUUGAGGAUCAGCGGGUGCGCUACAUUGAGUGGUCGAAGUGUACUAGUCGUGCCCAGGAGAUAAAUCUUGUGAAGGAGGACGCUAGCUUGAAGCUGCUUCAGGGUGGCCGCUCAGGAUCCGUCAAGCUAGUGGAUCCCGGUGCUAAAAUCACUGCUGAUACUAAGUCUGACCUUGAGGUGAUGCAGGCCUUGCGUCGCAGAGGGGUGGCAUAUGAACUUGCUGCCAUCAUGUCGUUCGAGAGGCACGAGGAAUUGAUUGACCGACUGUUCAUGGAGUACCAACGUGAGCCCAUGGCUGGGUUUCAUCCCGUCUCCUUCUCUCAACUUCAGGCUGCGGACAGGGAGGUUCAUGUUCGCAUGGGGGAGCUCACCCGAGCUGGACUUGUGCCAGGGGCGGAUGGCUCCUUGCCGCUUGACAUCCCGGUGUCUCGGGUGCUGGCGGGCUCCCACAUCCAGUGGAUGUUGAUGCCUCGGCAAAAAGGGUCCGGUCCCUUGGGCAAUUCGGGCGCUGGUGAGGCUAAUGAGAAGCCAGACAAGCCACCGCGCAAGCCGCCCAAAAAGACGGAUCCGUCGAAGGCGACGGAUAGGGGUCAGGGCGCCGAUAAGAAUCAGAAGGCUGAUUCCGGUGCAUCGCCGAAUGCGGCUGAUCGACCUGGCAAGCCACGGAAGACUCGCUUCGUCAUGCCAAAGGCGCUCAUCGGUGGGGUCCCCAAGGACGCGGCCGGGCGUAACAUCUGCUUCGAUCAUAACCUUGGGAAAUGUCCCAAUGCUGCGGGGGCCUGCCCAAAAGGGGAGCAUGUGUGCCAAGUACACAAUGCAACACAUGUGCAUGACACGGCCACCAGCCAUUUUGGCAAUGAUCGUGAUACGAAUGCGGAAGUUUUUGCUGCUACCUUGAUCGGCAAAGUCGAUGCGGGGGGCAUUCGUCGUCUUUUGGAGCUGCUUCCCUCGGAGGCACCGUCGCGCGGUUCGCGUGAGGUGGGCCGUGGGUCCGAAUUUUCUUUCACCACAGGUGCUUACACCUAUGAUCAUGGCAAGCGGCACGGCCUUCGCCAACAUUGCCGCGACUUUCCGAUGUCCACUAAGGUUCUGAAUGAGUUUAUGCGUUCGAUGGCGCCGGGCGCCUGCUACACUACACUGGCCUUGUUUCGUGAUCUUGAGACCCGGGUCCACUCAGACCACGGAAAUGAUCCCAGCCUGAUGAAUACCAUCCUGAAGGUUUCUGAGUUCAGCCACGGUGGCCUCUGGGUCGAGACGGUGGGCGGCAAGGUCCCGUGCCCGCUUCCGCAUCAGGGCCAAAGGAUGGGUAACGUUGUCGAGUUUGCCAAUGGUGCAUUGAGCUUCGAUGCCCAACAGCCGCACUGCGUUAUGCCGUGGUCUCGCGGGCCCCGCGUGGUUCUUGUGGCAUUUAGUGUACGGAACUGGGCAAACUUGCGUCGUGCAGACUUGACUGAGUUGUCAAACCUGGGGUUUAAGUUGCCAACCUUGGCACCUGACGGUCCCGAGUCUGCCUCUUCGGUUCUCCCUAGCCCUGGGGUUUUCCCUUUUCCGCCACCGGCGCCAACCCCGGCGCUUGCAGCUUCACCUGUCACCCUGCCUCCUCAGGCGAGCGUCCCAGGGACUGCGCCUGCCGCAGCGGAUCAUCCUGAUCUCGGUGGGUCAAACGUGGCUCGUGAUGUGACGGCCACUGUGCAACCUUCCUUCAUCGAGUUGUUCUGUGGUUCUGCUGGCCUUUCGGCCGAGGUGCGCAAGCUGGGGUUCCGCGUGUUGGGAGUUGAUCACAAACCCACCGCUAAGCAUGCCAAUGCACCUUUCGUCAGCUUGGACUUGCGCGACCCAGAGCAGCAGGACCGCAUUUGGGUCGAGUUGCGCCGUGCUCAGGCCGUGUGGAUUGCUCCCCCGUGUGGGACUGCUUCGAUUGCGCGGCAAAUCCCUCUUGGACGGUCGGCUAAGGGACCUGCACCCUUACGGAGCCCGGCUUUUCCAGACGGGUUGGCAUCCUUGCGUCCCGAGGAUCAUGCUCGAGUACAAAGUGCAAAUCUUUUGUAUGCCUUUGCCGCCAAGGUUUGGACGUUCUGUCUUGAACACGAUAUCCUUUGCAUUGUGGAGAACCCGGCAUCAAGCCUCAUGUGGCAAACAUCGUGGUUUAGGACACUUGUCCCGCGUGGCGUGUGGCACGAGCUGCAUUCUUGCAUGUAUGGAUCUGCUCGAAAGAAGCGCACUGCCUUGCUGGCUACAUGCCGCCUUCCAGGUCUCAUGUUGCAGUGUGACAAAUCACACGAACACAAGAAACGGGGUCGUGUGCGCGAUCCGGACGGGCGUGGUGUGCACUAUGCCACUGCCGAGGAAACCGCUUACCCAGCCGGCCUGUGUACGGCAGCAGCCCGUGAGAUCUGCUUGGCAUUGCAAAAUAAAGGGAUUAUGCUUGAUGUGCGCGCAUCUUCGGACACGGCCCUGGCAUCUUCCUUUGCACAGCGGCAGCCUCGCCGCGGCCGCGGCAUUGUGGGUCCGCCUGAGUACAAACGGACUGUCCUUGUCCGGCUCCCUCGUGACUUUCAGCCCCCGGACCAUGUGCCAGAUGAGCCACUUGCAGUGCUUCGCGACGUGCCUGCGGGCUCCAAGCUUCUGUGGACUCGCGUCUUUGUUGAUGGGGGUGUUGAGGUUCGCGAGGCCCAAUUUGGGGUAUACCAUACACCGGAUGAGUUUCUGAAUGCGGCCUUGAAAGUGACCCAUCCCUUCGACAGUGCAGUGUCUAUUGACGGCCCGAACCUUCGGGCAAUUGCAUUCACUCUUGAGCAUGGUGUUAAGGCUGUGCAGCAAAGACGUAUGGAGGUUCUUGAGCACUAUCGUGCACUGGAGCACUCUCUGAGGUCUGAUGAGGAGGCUCUUAAGCAGGCAAUGGACCCUACGGUACGGGAGAUCAUGGGCAACAAGAAGCUGCUCUUGUUCAAACAGAUGCUGAAGGAUGCAGGUGUUCCUGAUGAGCGCCUCUUCGAGGAUAUGGUUCAGGGAUUUCGGUUGACUGGUCCCCUUGAGCCUUCGGGUUUGUUUCCCCCUAAGUAUAAGCCUGCCGUCAUCUCAGUGGAUGAAUUGCGGCGCACUUCGCAGUGGUCCAAACACCUUGUCGAGGCUGCGUGUCGGAAGGCUUCACAGGAUCCUGAGAUUGCGAGGGCUGUUUGGGAAGAAUCGUUGGGGCAAGUCGAGAAGGGAUGGUUGUCGGGACCAUUCACAUGGGAUCAAAUGGAUCAGAAGUAUGGGGGCACUUGGGUGGCGUCCAAGCGCUUCGGGGUGUCCCAGGGCGACAAGGUGCGUGCUGUCGAUGAUCUCUCGCAGUUUCAGGUGAAUGCUUCGGUUACUGAGACCGAGAAGAUUCAACUCGAAGGCCUUGAUGACAUUGUUGCCCUUGCGAGAUUCCACUUGGGUGCCACUGUGUCGGGCACCAAGGUUUUCAGGCUCCCCUUGUCAGGCGGCGGCGUCUAUCAGGGCCGUUUGCAUCCUGACUUUAGGGAAGGUCGGGCACGGCGCUUGAAAGGCAGGGCUCUUGACUUGCGGAGUGCAUACAAACAGCUAGCUCGGCACCCCGCCGACGAUUGGGCUUCGGUGCUAGGAGUCUUAGAUCCAGACACCAACACUGUGGCCUAUUUUGAGAGCCACGCUCUCCCGUUCGGCGCAUCGAGCGCGGUGACAGGCUUCAACCGGGCUGCGCGUGCAUUGCGCAUUAUCAUGUCCAGGCUUUUGUUCCUUGUGAAUACGUCAUUCUUUGACGAUUUUUGCCAACUUGAGAUUGAUGGUCUGACUGAUUCUGCGGAUCAGGCGGCGCUUGCACUGCUUGAUCUCCUUGGCUGGGAGGUGUCCGAUGGCGAGAAGUUGAAACCUUUCGCUUCAGAGUUCACCAUGCUUGGUGCAGUGCUAUCCUUCAAAGAUGCGGGUAGGGGUCUGAUUAGGGUUAGGAAUAAGGCCGGUCGCUUGGAGGAAAUUUCUUCCAUGGUAGAUCGCUUUGCUGCUGACCCCGCAUGUGGGGCGCGAUCCCUCCCGUCGUUGAAGGGCAAGCUCUUGUUUGCAUCUUCGCAUGUGUUCGGUCGCUGUGCUCAGGUUGCGACUCAGUUGAUUCACCAUGCCGAGCGACAACCUGGUCCUGACGUGCGUGGUUUCGUCUUGCAAUCCCUCAAGAGGGCGCUUGGAACACUUAGGGCGGCUGGGGAUCGUCAGGUGAACCUGUGGUCUGAGCAGCCGCCAGUUGUCAUCUUUACGGAUGGUGCAUGUGAGGAGAAAGGCAAUCAGGUGACACAUGGGGCGGUCAUCGUUGACCCGGCUUCGCAGACUCGAGAGGUGUUUGGGGGUCACAUCCCCGAGGAUCUUGUGACAAAGUGGCGGAGCUCAGGCCGGACUCAGCUCAUCUUCUUUGCAGAGCUUUACCCUGUCUUGAUUGCGAGACGGACUUGGGCUAAAGUGCUGCGUAACAGAAGGGUACUGAUCUUCGUGGACAACGAGGCAGCGAAGGCGGCCUUGAUCAGAAAUUAUUCUCCUUUGUUGGAUGCCGCUCAUAUGCUUUCUGACAUUGCCGAGCUUGAUGUCGAGCUCAGUUGUUUUCCAUGGUAUUGCAGGGUGCCGUCCAAGAGCAAUUUUUCCGACGCUGCCUCCAGACUGAGCUUUGGGGAGUAUGAGGAAUGCUUCCGAAGGAUUCAGCCCACUCUGGCAGCCUUUUGA